CCUUGCUUUACGGAGAGAAAGGGCGAGAUGGAAGGAUAUGUGUGUGGGCAAGGCUGAAAAGUCCUGGCGGGGUUCAAGCUAUACAGAGGCGUCGACGGAACGCAACACAUAUACUACAGGUACACCCACUUUGGCACACAUGAACUGUACAGAUCGGAGACAAUUGUCGUCUCUACAAUCGAAAAACGAGAUCAUACAUCACCAGCACAGCUAAGCUUCUCACAGUGCUGAUCCAUUCAGUGCCUCCAUGGUCACUUAGACCGGCCUGAUGGCGCUCUUCCGUAGUAGUUGCCUGUAGUAGUCUCGUGUAGUAGUUGGCAGUGGCGCCAAGAGGGAGUCGAGGGCAGGACAUAUCCGCAGCGCCGACACGAUGCACCUGCGCACAUACACACGCAGAGAGGCUGUCGACCGCUGGGUGUGUUGUGUUGGAAGCUGGCUGUGCACUUGCAUACAUGUCUGUGUGGUGUUGUAGGGUGACGAUGAGUUUCCGCCGGUGGACGGGGAUGAUCACCGCCUCAUAAAGCUGAACCAACACUACACGCACCGCACAGCAACAACACACCACAUGCUUCCCUCCCUCCUGCGUUCCGUUUGGUCCCUGAAAGUACUGUACUGCAAACUUACUGUCUUUGUCCACCGUAUCCAUCGGCGCAUGCGAUAACCUCUGCAUUGAUUGACACAUCGCAUAUAUCAUGUGAUGUGUCUGUCAAUCGAUUGAGAUCAUAUGAUGUGUCUGUCAAUCGAUUGAGUGCCGACUGGCUGACCUUGUCUCCAAAGGGCAGGCUCAUGACAAAGAAGAGGGGCAGGGUCCACACAUUGAGAAAAAACCACCACAAAAACCACAACUGAACAACAGCAGGCGAAGAAGAACAGCCCUUGGUAUGGACAGUCGAUCUUUUUCGCCAUUGUCCAUCCUGCUGGCCUACCGAUGUGCGAUAUCGAAAGCCGAACACGAAGGUGAGAGCCUUGGCCACGGAUAAUACUGAGAGCGCAUGCAAGCAGCAAGGAAUAACACCCACUGCGUCUGCUGCGCUGCGGCAGGUAGGUAGCUCUGGUGCUUACAUGUCACUUUGCCAACGAACAAAUUCACGGGAUCACGCACUAUGGGCUUGGGGUACCGGUGAAUGCCGUCGAGAAAACCCCAGACAUUGGUCACCAAGGCAAGCAGGAUGUAGAAGCCACUCGUGAACCCCAACAGCCACAUUGUCACCUCCACCGCACACAGGACCUGACGGCAGGCAGCAACCAUCAAGGCAUUGCAAGGAAUGGGGAGAGUCGGCUUGGUGUCUUCGCGUUCGGCUGCGUACCCACACGAGGUAGGUGAGCACCCGCUUGAUGUCAUCGAUGUCGGCCUUGUCGAGAAAACAGCCAUACCUGAACAGGAAGCAAAGCAAAACAAAGCUCUUUGACAAUGAGUCCAUCCAUCCAUCGGGCUGACUGCCUGACUGACUGACAGCCAUACCAAUACAAACCACCAGCUGAACAGGCAAAGACACGUACACCCACAUGCAUCAACUUCAUCUGCUAUCUUUUGUUGCUCACCGAUGAGCCCGACGAUGACGAAUGCGCCCAGCAGAUAAGAGAAGGCGGCACUCAGCGCCCACCAAAUCGCGCUCAUUGCAGACCUUCGAUCACGUACUCCUUGCCUCUCGAAACGCGCAGCUUGAUUCGACUCUGGGCGGCAAAUCAGCUGCGUAGAUGCCGGAGGAGGAAGCACCUCUUCGCAGCUUUG